AUGGUGACAAUUCUGGCCAUCAUUGUCACGGAUGCCAGUAUCGUGAUCGGACUGGUUGGUGCCAUUUGCGGAUCUGCCAUCAUCUACGUGAUCCCGUGCUUCCUCUUUGAUGCCGCUACAUCCAAGUUCCUGAGUCAGGGGGACGAGCUGUCCUACCCACUGGAGAUCUACCUCGUGCGCGGGAUCGGUUUUUUUGGAGUCUUCACCAUGAUUGCUGGCUCCGUGGCGACGAUCUGUCUGUGA